GUGAUAUUUUUCAGAUAUGAUGGUUAAAGAAUGAUUAGUAAGAAGGGAAAUGAUCAGUUCACUAAUUAUAAAUUUAUUAAGUCUCCACGUACUCCAUGGACAAAGGACAGAUGAGUGUUAUGCAGGAGAUAUUGCCACGAGGGAGCUGAGGAAGUGGGCACUCACUGAGGAUAUCAAUGUUAAAACUUAUAAUAUUAAGUUCUAUGAGACAGAUCUAACUCUGAUCAGGGAAGAGGAAGGACCCUCCUGGUAUCUAGCUGGAGGUGGAUGGCAGGGUGCAUACUAUUAUGAGUCUGGAGCACCAGGGGAAUCAAGAGCUGGAGCUUAUCUCUACCCUGACUACUCAACUGCAGUAGUUGGACUCUGGAUGGACCAUCUACUCCUUCAGGGAAAGGCAACAAAGUUGGGAGAAGCUUGUAGGUCUGGAGCAACCUGGAUUCUCAAAUUUGCAGAUUUAGAGGGACCUAUACUUAAAUACUCCCCACCAUCACACUACAGUUUGGGUAUAAAUGAACUGCAGCAGGAUCCAUAUGAGGUGAAAACUGUAGAAGUUAAACAGAGUAGGAUUGAAGGAGCAGAAGAAGGACUGUUUACAAAAAGAGAUGUAGUUUCAGGCGAGGUUUUGGCAUUUUAUAGUGGAUAUAUUAUUAACUGUGAUAGCUCUCUAAGAGCACUUGACAGGCGGUAUCUGAGUGAUGAUGAAGAGCAUUUAAGAAACAUGUACAACAUAGCAUUAGAUCUGGAGGAGGGAGAACAUCUUUGUAUUGACCUUCCACCAGACCUGGGGAAUGAUGUGCAAAGGUAUAACGCAACCUUGGGCCACAAGGUAAACCAUAGUUUUAAACCUUCAUCAGAGUUUGUUCUAUUUGCUGUCCAUCCCAUCCUAGGAACUAUUAUGUCAUUGGUUGCUCUACAGGACAUACCAGCAAACCAGGAGUUGACGGUUAACUAUGGAUACAACUGUACAACGGAUCCAGAUCAACCAGACUGGUUUAAAACACAAUGGAACAAUUUCUACAGAGAAGAAGACCAAUUACAUGACCAUCAAGAGUUGUAACCGUUUAAAUAAUAAAUAAAUUUACAUAAAUA